GAGAGACUGAGCAGAGGCGGGAAAUGGCGCCUGGUAACACAACGGUGUGUCAUUUCAGAGACGGCCCUUGACUAGACACAGUAAAAGUCGGAUCAGAUCUCGUCAACAACCGCUGCCUCAGCUGUGAUGCUUGGUCGACCGUGAGUCGUUAUCCUCGGAUACUGCGGAUCACUGUGAACCUUACAUGUGACUGCUCAAACAAUGAGGCUGAGAAUGCGUAAGGCGUCUCAGCAACCGAACCCCAGCGCGGCAAGCCGUCCAUCCCGGACCAAGCGGAGGCAUUCAGAAGUAGAAGAAGACGCUCCAUCCAGUGGAGGGAGGGGCUUGUUCUCCACCAUCAAAAAGUUAAUCAGAGGAAAUGCUGUUAAGGUGGAGCAGGAAGCCCCAGCAAAGAAGACGCGCCUCCACUGCGAUGUGGAUAACAACUUGAUCACCUCUACACCCACAAACACCAACACCCCUCGCAGGACUAUCAGUAGGGGUGGAAGGAGAGGCUCCAUCAAUGGGCAAGCGACAAAUCACAACAGAAGUAAGGAAAAGCCCAAUGGCAGUCUGGAGGAGACAAAGGCAGUUGAGUUGCCCACCAGCCCUCCUAGGACCUCCCUCCUUGGGACCAUCUUCUCCCCCGUUUUUAACUUCUUCUCACCAGCUAAAAAUGCCUCCUCUGGCUCAGACUCUCCAGACCAGGCGUUGGAGGCGGAGGAGAUCGUCAAGCAGCUGGACAUAGAGCAAGCUGUGGAGAUGCCCACCAGUACAGCCACAUCCACGCAGGAACUGUGUGCCACCACUAACUUCUACUCUAGUGUAUCACAGCUGCCACCUCUGCGGCCUCCACACAUCCCCGAGGCAUCUCCUACAGUCGAGGAGGGAGAGCUGGAUGCUGACGCUGACCUCCCACCUCUCACAGCCCCAGGCUCCAGUCCUGAUAUGGCAUAUGUGGAAGCUCCUCCCACCGCUGUACCACCGGAGGCAACCUAUGAGGAAGAGUGGGAGGUGUUUGACCCGUAUUUCUUCAUUAAGCACGUUCCUCCACUGACUGAAGAGCAGCUCACCCGUAAGCCAGCCUUACCACUGAAGACACGCAGUACACCGGAAUUCUCUCUGGUCCUAGACCUGGAUGAAACAUUGGUCCACUGCAGUUUAAAUGAACUGGAGGACGCAGCACUUACUUUUCCUGUUCUCUUUCAGGAUGUCAUUUACCAGGUGUAUGUGCGUCUGAGGCCGUUCUUUAGAGAGUUUCUGGAACGCAUGUCUCAAAUCUAUGAGAUCAUCCUAUUUACAGCCUCUAAAAAGGUGUAUGCAGACAAACUGCUCAACAUCUUGGAUCCUAAAAAGCAGCUAGUGAGACACAGGUUGUUUCGGGAGCAUUGUGUCUGUGUCCAAGGGAACUACAUCAAGGACCUCAACAUCUUGGGCAGAGACCUGUCAAAGACCAUCAUUAUCGACAAUUCACCACAAGCCUUCGCAUAUCAGUUGUCCAAUGGGAUUCCCAUAGAGAGUUGGUUCAUGGACAAGAACGACAAUGAGCUGCUGAAGCUGGUGCCCUUCCUGGAGAAGUUGGUUGAGAUGAACGAGGAUGUGCGGCCGCACGUUCGGGAGCGAUUCCGCCUUCACGACCUCUUGCCCCCCGAUUGAACUUGACCAAAGACUCUGAGUGGGACAACAUGGAAAGACUUUAAAAAAAAAAAAAAAAAAAAAAAAUCAACAUGUGUGUAAAAAGCCCCCUGUUUGGAUUACAAACAACAACAUUGCCAGUGCUGUUUUAAAAUUUUAGCCUCCCCCCUUUUGUUUUUGUUUCUUUUUAAAGACACCAUUGUUUUUUGAAGAAAAGAGAAACAUUUUUAAAGAUCUGGGCGACAUUUUCUAAAAACCUAAAUAUAAAGAUGACAUUACACAUGCUACGAACAAGCCCAGGUAGACUCCUCCUUUUUCUUUUUUUGAAUGACUCUGCAGCCGUGGAGCCGGAUGUUGUCUCCACGUUAGAUUCACAAGUCUUGGUGCUGGUUUUAGCGGAUAUGAAAAAGCCGCCUGCUGAAGAGGAUCUCCACUCAUCCCCGCCGUGUCCCUGAACCCCUGAGCGUUAAUCAACUCCUGGUGCUCACGCUGUUGACACUGACGAAUAAUGACACUCUGUGGCUACAGACCAUUUUCAGUGGGAAUGACUGGCCUGUAAAUCAACCUGUGCAUGUGUGUUGGUUUACUCCCGGCCACACACACACACACUCAGUCACUGAUUUCAUGUUUUGGCAAACCUACAAAUCUGUAGCUUUUAUGCAUUCCUCUGUAGCUGAGUCUAAGCUUCUAUUGUUGGUUGCAGUUUUUUUUCGUCUGUUAAAACUGGUGUUUAGUUGUUUUUUUAUUGUUAAGGAGCAUUUUACAGUGUUUUCUGUUUUGUAUGAUAUGAAAUUUUAAAAGGGGUCAUGUACCUUUUUAUCGUUAGCUUAUUUCCCCCAUUAGGAGAAGACGGUUGAAUAUUAAGUCCACUGCAAAGUCAGAUUCAAUCUGGGACUUUUACGUAUGUUUUGUUGUUGUUGUAACAGAUGGAGGUUUAAGUCUGUGUGUGGUGGACACAACUUGGCUCUCUAAUUGAAACGUUAGGAUUAAGACUCUCGUUACCUGUAAAUCUACAUAUUGUAAAUGUCUGAGGGCAUUCGUUUUCAAUCCGAUGUGUCGACGUCAAACCUUUUCUUUGAAAUUAUGUUUGAUUUGUUUUUUUGUCAUUUGUCUAUAAUCAGUAUUGUCUUUUGCUCCUAAUCAAGUAUUCUGGAUGAAUCAGAGUUGUGUUGUUUUUUUGUUGUUGUUGUUAUGGUGUGUAAUUUGAUGGCUAUAUCGGUAGCAUUAUGACUAAUGUAGCACAUCCUCUGCCAGUGUGUCACGAAGUCUACCCAUGGUAGAAAUCUCUGACCAAGAACUUGUACCAGCCGUCCCUGGCACCAGCAACAUACUGUUUUGACCCCCCCGUCUGUCCGUUUCAUACUUUUUUAGCCUUUUUUUUUUUAAAGCACAGAUUUUAAGAAUUGUAACCAUGAACGUGUUUCCGCCUGAACACAAGCCAAACUGACACUGAACUCCAUUGUUUCGACUUUAUUUAUUUUAUAGAGCGACUAACGGUCUGUGGUUGACGGACAGACGGGUGUCUUGUGUCAGUCACCUGCCUUCCAUUAAAAAAAGUCACCUGUCAUGGCCCAAACCUUUGACAGUCAAAUUUAGGCAUGCAUUUGUUGAAUUUCUUACAGUCCUUGUUUGGGUUUGUGUUGGUUGCCUGUACAGUGCCAUACAAUCCUGCCCCCCCCCCAGAAAAAUGCUUAAACAGAAGAGACAAUCAGACCUCAAAGCUUAGCAGAUACUGAAUCCUGGAGAAUCCCAACCUUCCCUUGUCUUUUUUUUGUUUUGUUUUUUUAAAGGUGUGCAGUAUGUGUUGUUGUACUGUGGUUUCAUUGCGUUACAAAGUGGAAGUUCGGGGGAAAAAAAACAUUUGCCAGUUGACUCCUCCUGUGCCCCCCCCCCCCCCAAAAAAAACAAAACACCGAGGCGCUCGCGGCUUCUGCUUCCUGCCCGUCUUUGCUUUUCCUCUGCGGAAGUCCAGACAAAAAAGGAAAAAAAAAAAAUUGUGUUCAAAGUUGUUACAGGGCACAGUGUUGUUAACUGUGCUGUGAUGUCAUGAGUACACGUCCAGACGAUGAAUGUAAAUUGUACAUGAGGUGAAGUUUUUAAGUGUCUUUCUGAAUUCCAUGUUGUGAGGCCGAGGGGAGUCGCUCUUCACGCGCCGAAGAGGAGGCAAGAACAAUGUUGCAUGGACGAGGAAACAUGUCUUGAGAUCCCCACCCUUAUCUCCCCGCCCCCCGUGACCGCCCACCAUCCCGACUGCCAUCUUUUAGUAUGCAAGCCUCACCUGGAGUGUGUGUGUGUGUGUGAGAGAGGAUGUAGUGUGAGUGUGUUCUAGUCUCCUCCGUGAGCUGCGAUCGUCUGCGACGGCGACAGUCGCGGCUUAAAACUUUUUAAAUCCCAGCUCAUUUUUAUGUGCAUUACCAGUUUAUUGUACACUUGAGUGUUGUACAAUACAUGCAGCUUCAUGUUUUAAAAAAAGUCCUUAAAAUAAGGAAAAAAUCUUUUGUAUUUUUGAUUUCAAAUGGCAUGUCAUAUCUACUUUUUAAAUGUAUUAAUGAAGAUUUAACUUUACAUCAGAUGGAGUGUUUUUUUGUUUUUGUUUUUGUUUUUUUCUUACAAGUAUCUGUAUGUUUAGUUUAGCGCUGUCACUCAACUGUUCAACUUAGCAUGUAGAAAAUACAGCUUGCUUUGUAGGGAAGUCCUGAAUUAAAUUUUUAAUCGUGGCACUUUUUCUGCAGAAGAAAAG